AUGGGCGAACCGAAGUGGACCGGCGCAGGGGUUCGCAAGACUUUCCUUGAAUACUUUGAGGAGAGAGGGCACACGAUAGUGCCCUCAUCGUCGGUUGUGCCUCACAAUGACCCCACCUUGCUCUUCACCAAUGCGGGCAUGAACCAAUUCAAGCCCAUAUUCUUAGGAACGAUCGCUAGUACAGACGAUACUGCCAAGCUGAAGCGUGCGGUCGAUACUCAGAAGUGUAUACGCGCCGGCGGCAAACACAAUGACCUUGACGAUGUCGGCAAAGACAGCUACCACCAUACCUUCUUUGAGAUGUUGGGCAACUGGUCCUUCGGUGAUUACUUCAAGAAAGAGGCGGUAGAAUGGUCUUGGGAACUUCUUACUAAAGUCUUUGGGCUGGACCCCACCAGACUUUACGUCACCUACUUCGAGGGUAACCCCGAUAUGGGUCUCGAGCCCGACCUAGAGGCCAAGGAACUAUGGAAGUCCGUCGGUGUCCCUGAGGAUCACAUAUUGCCGGGUAAUAUGAAGGAUAACUUUUGGGAAAUGGGUGACCAAGGUCCUUGCGGUCCUUGUAGUGAGAUUCACUAUGACAAAGUGGGUGGACGUAAUGCCGCACACCUAGUCAACCAAGACGACCCCUUGGUAGUGGAGAUUUGGAACAAUGUUUUCAUGCAAUACGAUCGCCAAAAAGAUGGCUCGCUUAAGUCCUUACCAGCAAAGCACAUUGACACAGGAAUGGGUUUUGAGCGAUUAGUAUCGGCACUCCAAAACAAGGACUCCAAUUACGCCACUGACAUAUUCACCCCGCUUUUCGAGAGGAUCCAGGAAGUUGCUGGAGCACGACCAUAUACCGACAAGUAUGGCAAGGAUGAUGUGGAUGGUAUUGAUACCGCUUAUCGUGUAGUUGCUGAUCACAUACGACUACUCGCUUUCGCUAUCUCUGAUGGUGCUGCGCCUAAUAACGAGGGUAGAGGCUAUGUCGUGCGUCGUGUGUUACGAAGAGGCUCGCGUUACGCAAGAAAGUACUUUAACGCCGAAAUCGGCUCCUUUUUCUCCAAGAUUCUGCCUGCGCUAGUUGAGCAGAUGGGCGGACAAUUCCCGGAGAUCGCUAAAAAGCAGCAAGACAUCAAGGAAAUACUAGACGAAGAAGAGGAAGCAUUCGCAAGAACUUUAGACCGUGGCGAGAAGCAAUUCGAAAAGUACGCCGCACAGGCUGCUAACAGUGGAACCAAGAAACUUUCUGGAGCAGACGUUUGGAGAUUAUACGACACUUUCGGUUUUCCUGAAGAUCUUACUAAGCUUAUGGCCGAAGAGCGAGGUCUUGAAACUGACGAGAACGAAAUUGCCAUUGCAAGAGAGAAGGCCCGGGAGGCUAGCAAAGCCGUCAAGGAGGCAGUACAAACAUUUGCCAAGCUUAACGUUCACCAAAUCGCCGAAUUAAAAGACAACUUACAAAUACCCGUUCCUAACGACGAACCUAAGUUUUUCAAGGGCGAUACGAAAGGAAAGGUUCAACUCAUAUAUACAGGCACGGAAUUCGUUAAAUCGACUAAGGACCUUCCACCAAACACACCCUUUGGACUCCUACUUGAUAAAACCAACUUCUAUGCCGAGCAGGGUGGACAGGUUGCCGAUACAGGACGACUCGUAAUUGAUGAUGUUGCCGAAUUCGAAGUUCAUGAUGUCCAACAAUUUGGAGGAUACAUAGUUCAUAACGGCUUUUUGAAGUAUGGAGAACUUAACGCGGGCGAUGAGGUUAUCUGCGAGUACGAUGAACUGCGAAGACAGCCUAUUCGCAACAACCACACCGGAACACAUAUCCUCAACCAUUCGCUACGAGAAGUACUGGGCGACGAAGUCAACCAAAAGGGAUCGCUAGUCGACCAAGACAAGCUCCGGUUCGACUUUUCGCAUAAGGCUGCUGUUACUAUUCCCGAACUCAAAAAGAUCGAGCACUUGUCGAAUGAAUACAUACGGCAGAAUUGCAAGAUCUACUCCAAGGAUGUUGAACUUGAUCUAGCAAGGAAUAUUAAUGGCGUGCGUGCCGUCUUCGGCGAGACAUAUCCCAACCCUGUUCGAGUAGUCUCGGUCGGUAUUGAUGUUGACAUGCUACUUGAGACCCCUGAGAACCCAGAUUGGCGCAAAGUCAGUGUUGAGUUCUGCGGUGGUACACAUGUCGACCAAACCGGUAUCAUCAAGGAUCUAGUAGUGGUUGAGGAGAGUGGUAUUGCUAAGGGUAUUCGUCGUAUCGUCGCCUACACAGGAGAUUCUGCGCAUCGUGUGCAACGUGAUGCUGAAGAAUUCUCCAAGCGCAUUUCCACUAUCGACGCUCUGCCGUUCGGCCCCGAGAAGGAGGCCGAAGUUAAGCAGGCUACUGUAGAUCUCAACCAACUUGUCGUAUCUACCUUAACCAAGGAGGAGCUAAAGACGCGAUUCUCGAAAGUCAUUAAGGCUGUCGUGGAAGAACAGAAGAAGCGACAAAAGGCUGAGAGCAAGACUGCCCUUGACACCGUCACUGCCCACUUCGCAAAGGAUGAGAACAAGGACUCCAAGUAUUUCAUUGGUCAUUUGCCUAUUUCCGCUAAUGCCAAGGCUCUUGCGGAUGUUAUGAACCACUUCAAGAGCAAGGAUAAGGAUAGGUCGGUGUAUAUCUUCGGUGGUAGUGCAGCUGAGGGCGCCGUCGUCCAUGGCGUUUAUGUCGGAACACACUUUGCUUCGCAAGGAGUUACUGCUGAGAAGUGGGCGUCUGCUGUCAGUGAGGUAGUCGGCGGCAAAUCCGGUGGCAAGGAACCUACACGGCAGGGCCAGGGAUCUAACGCCAACAAGAUCGACGAAGCCGUCGCAGUCGCUGAGAAGUGGCUUCAGGAGAAGCUUAAGAUCUAA